GUUUUUGGCAUGCGAUUGCCAGCAUCGCGGCAGAAGACGCAGUUUGGGCAGCCUGGAGAGCACGCGAGGCUGCGCAGUAAAGCGAACGAUCAAUAGUUUGGACAUCGCGCCCGAGAUUUAGACGCCCUGUGAUUCCUAGCUCGAGGGCUCCAGUGUCGGACGGACGAGGCGGCGGCUGAUCGAUCGCAGCCGCACAGAAAGGCAGCCCUGCACACUACAAAAAGCAAAUGCAAAACAUGCCCACGCCGCCCGCGUAUGCGAGGAGCCCGCGCAUGCCGCUCCAUCGGCGCCACACGAUCAGUUCCGGAGCCAGCCCGAAGAAGAAGAAACCGUCAUCAGGACCGCGCGUCCCCUUCCUGCCGGCGAGCGACCACAAGCUGACGCAGCUCUUCGAGGAUCUGGUCUGGCAGGUCGAGCAGGGUGUGCACCGCAUCGAGUUUUUGGAGCGGGAGCUAAGGCUAGAACGAGCGACGCGAGAAACGGCGAAGAGUACGGAGGAGGACCGCGUCGAGCGCGUGAAGCGGAGCCACGCGGCGGCGAUGGCCGCGACGCACUCGUUUCUAGAUGAUGAGCGCCGGGCCUUCGCCGAGGAACGAACUCGACUGGAGGACUGUAUCCGGGCGAACCUGGCGGCGUUCCACGCGUUGCAGCACGACGACGUACCUUCAUUAAUUGACCGGCCGCCGCCGCCGCCCUCACGUGUUGAUAGAGGCUCGCAGUCGUGGAAGAUCAUGGCGGACCGCGCGUCGUCGCCGCCGCCGCCGCCGGGGAGUCCCCCGGCCACGCCGCCGUCCGUGAAAAGAUUAAGGGACGCGGCGCGCGGCGUCUCUCAUCAGUUGACGGAGCGCCCGACGCCUAAAAACGUCGACGCGCAGCUCGACGAGUUGAGAAGGGGCUUGAGGGUCGUGAAGCACGGGCGCAAGGGCAAGCCGCGCGACACGUGGUUGUUUCUGGAUUCCCACGACGGGUUAUGUUGGGUAAGGGCGGGCAAGAAGGGCGAACCACCAUCAGUCCAGAAGCUCUCCACCAAAAGAAGGUUGUGCCUGCGGCCGGACCUAGAUUUGGACGUGGUGCGAGGCAAGCAGACGGCGCCGCUCAAAAGGAACAAGAAGGCGCCGCAUUACAUGUGUUUAAGCGUGGUGGUUGCCGCGCACGACGUUGGGGAGGACGGCCGUCGAUCCUUAGAUCUGCAGGUGGCUUCUCUCGAAAGACGGGACGCGCUGGCCGACGCCCUCGAGGCCGCCGUGGACCGCGCCGGCCGGCGCGUCCUCGCGGAGACGUCCGCGUCUACGCCGCGGUGGGCGGACGACGCGAAGGUCCGGGCGGUCCUGCGGAGAGCGCGCCUGCGGAACAUCCCCGCCGAGGGCGACUAAUAUUAAUAACACA